AUGGCGAGCGGCGACGACUCGGUGGUCGCGCUGCUGCAGCGUCUCGCGCGGGCACUGGGAGCGCGGAAUGCGCGGAAGGGCUGGGAGGUGCUGCUGAGCCGCGAGAAGAGGGAGCAGGUGCCCUGCGCCGAGCUCUUGGCGUGCUGCGUCUGGGACCUGCGCCGCGCUGAGCGCCCUGCGGGCGCGGAAGCCCUGCAGCUGCUGGCGGCGCGGCUCGACGGCGCGGUGGAGGAGACGCUGAAGGUGCUGCUGCUGCUGGCGGAGCCGGGGAAGGAUCCCGGGCUGGGCGCCGUGAGCCGGGAGCUACUCUUCGCCGCGGGGCGCACCUCCAGCAGCCACCGCCCUGGGACCUUCUUCGAGGAGUCGCGUCAGCAGCUCCGGCCCUGUGAGCGGCACUUCGCGUUGGGCCGCCCCCUAGCGGAGCAGGUGCUGUUGCAGGCGGCACCGUCAGUGACGGACGUGGGGCCGCGGGAGCGAGUGCUGUGGGACCCGGCAGAAGUGCAGAAGUCGGGGUUUCUGGAAGUUGCAAAAGAAGCAGAAGGCAAGGAACACCAGAAGCAGAAGGGCAAGGGCCAAAAUGAGGGUGAGUCGCCAAUGGUCAGCCCUGGCACACCCACCACCGCCUCUGGCUCCGGCUCUCCCCGCGCGGCGUCUCGUCCCUCUCGAGCCGCCCUGGGCCUUCGCUCGGUGCCGCUGGCGGAGCUGUGGCGCAGCGACUGCCGCGCGCUGGAGCUGCGGGGCAGCUGGGAGGCGCCCCGGCCUGUGGCCGACCCCCGCGGAGCCUGGCUGGCGCUCUACGGGAUCCCCUCGCGAUCCUUCCAGGUGAAAGGGGCACGGGUGCUCUGCCGAGCCCGGUGUCGGAUGCUCGAGGACUGGGCGGCCUUUUGCAGCCGCUGCCUCAACCUUCGCGCGCAGAUUGCCGCGCUGGGCGACUGCGAGGGGUUGACGGCGCAGGCCUUGGCAGCGGUGCUGCGGGAGAUCCUCGGCGCCUUCGACCAGGAGAGAUCGCGCAAGAGAGCGCGGGCUUCAUCCGGCUGUGGGUGA